AUGGCUGAAAGUAUGAGCCUAUCUCAAAAAAUCAAUCCCCGAUCUCCCUACUAUGUGGAUCCAGAUUAUCAACCCGACGAAAACCUUCCUAUGGUUAUACUCAACCAAGCCGAAGACAACUACUUCAUCUGGAAAACCCAUUUCCUUGAGUUUCUCGAAAGCAAGAACAAAACAGGGUUCUGUCACGGUACUGUCUGGACGCCGGACCCUUCCUCAGGGCUAUAUCAACCAUGGAAAGUGUGUGACGCGAGGGUCAAGACUUGGAUGAUGAACUCGGUGAGCGAAAACUUUCGAAACUAUGUGCGUUUCGCUGAAACUGCGCAUAAAGCAUGGGAAGAUCUCCGUGCGAUAUUCGUUCCGAACGUUGAUCUAAGGAUCUACCAGCUUCGUCAGAGAAUCGCGACGCUGAGGCAAGAUGGUGACUCCUUGCCGGGGUAUUUUGGGAAACUGAGGAGAGUUUGGGAGGAGCUGUCGGAGUAUGAUCCUUUGGUGGAGUGUGCGUGCGGUGGUUGUAGGUGCGAGAUCAUGGUACGGGCCAAAGAGGCGAGGGAGAAGGAGCAGCUUACAGUGUUUGUGAUGGGUUUGGACAAGGAUCUAAGCUAUGUGACAACGCAUAUCAUGCACAUAAAACCAAGUCCUUCGGUUGACCAAGCCUACGGUUUGGUUGCCCGAGCUGAAUCCGACAUGAAGAGCAGACGCUGA